AUGCAGCGAGCUGCUCAGAUCUUCCACCUCGAUAGAAUGGUAUACAACAGAUCUCGUCUAGUUUGGGACUACAGUGGCUGGAAGGGUACUAAGCCCCCGAGAGAUAAUAUCAAUAAGCUUAAUCCAGACGCCCCCCCUGCAAAGCCAGCGCAAGCAAAAGAGUGGGAUUACGAAUGCGACCCACUCUACGUCAUAUCGAUAUGCGACUUUCCAUGGAAAAGACUGCCGUCGAUACCCGUCGAGUUGCACGAAGAUUGGCUUCUGUGGCUGGCACCACAUUGGAAAGUGGGAUCAAACCGCCCCAAACGCGCAGACAACGUCCCGGCUAUACCGCAAAAGGAACCGGUUGUUCAAUUCGUAUUCAUAUCCCUCCCAACGGCCCAUAAGGUCCUGGGUGACAGCGUUGACAACACCUUGGACAACCUAUUCAUUAGUCAGCUCGUGUAUGAUGAUCUUCCUGCUAUUGAGAAAUCUGCCUACGACGAGUGGGAAAAAACGGAACGUCAGCGGGCAGCAGAUCAGCUUGAGGUGGCGAACAAAUUGGCUGACGAAGAAUUUGAGGCCAAAGUAAAGGCCGAACAAGCGGAAACUGAGGCCGCAAUGGAGGACGCAUGCAAGCGAGCUGAGGACGAACUAAAGGCUGACCAAGAGGAACAGGAUGCUGAAAUCGAGGAGCUUGAGGCAAAGCUGCUCCGCCAUGGUGACCUAUGA